UCCUUACCAGAGUUUUGUUUCGUGUAGCGCCCGUCCCCGAUCGAUUCCCAUCGAUUCUUCGCUUCGCUCCCACUCCACAUCAAGUUCCCGCAUCAAAGUUCCCUUUUCAAUUGCUUGUUCCUCCUCCCCUUCCGAUCAACCAGCAGAGAGAUCUCAUCUCUCUUCAGUUUCUUCUCUGACACGUGCAAACUCGGUUCUUGAACCGAUCCGCCGGCCAACAAAAAUGCAACUCGCGAGCUGCGAAUUCUCCGCCGCCGCCCGUCGUCCCGGAGCGGCAGACCUGUUCAGACGCCGACCUUCCUCGACGACGGCGGCGGCAGCGCCUGCAUUAUUGACCGUCACCAAGAAACCCGCCGCCGCGCGCUGCCACUGCUCGUCCCGCUCCCGCCGCGACGACGCGGAGUUCGGCGGCGGCGACGGGCGGCUGGUGGACGAGGGGAUGCUCGUCCUGCGCCGGCGGAUCCACGAGAUGCGGGCCGCGGAGCGGAACUGGGAGCCGCCCGAGGAGUGGGCGGCGUGGGAGAAGGAGUGGUACGGCACCUACGACGCCGACGUCUGCGACCUCCUCGGCGCGCUCCAGGCGUUCCUCGUCAGCUCCCGCCCCGGCGUCGGGGUGGGGCUCCUGGCCGCGCUCGUGCUCGCCGUGCCGGCAUCCGCAUUCGUGCUCGUCACACACCUCCUCGAUGCUUCACGGGCGAUCAUCUCCAAUCUUCAGCACUGAUGAUCAGACGACUGACGGCAUGAAGCCCUAUUCUUUCGUUCGUUAUGGAUCGCACACGCGCGCCCUUGGCCAUGUAAAGCCAGUCUCGGUGGUACUUUCAUGAGCACGGUUACCAAAACCGCCACAUUAGCUUUUCAAUAGAAUGAAACUGUCACUCUCAAUGCACAAUUUCAUACACAGAAUGCAGUAUUUAAGGCUUGCAUUGUGUUGUGAUCAAAUGUGGCAUGAGAAUUUUGUAGCCUUUUGUAAAUACAACAAGGUUGCAUUUCAAUUAACUUCACAUUUGUUAACAUAAAGAAGUUUAACGUUCAUACGUGCAGUCUCAGAUUCGGAAUAAAUUGCCCACCUCAUACAUUCAGUUCA